GUUAGUUAUGUUGCAGUGCAAAUACAUAACCAUUUUUAUGAUUUUAUGCUGUUGCAAUAGUAUUCGUACGUGUAUAUUUCAAUUGUGACUGUUUUGCUUUUGUAUGCAGCCGCACCAAGCCGCACUGCUGAGGUGCUGAACAAAACAAUGAUGGAAAAAAAUGUCCAAGUUUCCGAGCAAUCAAAUCGUUUGGUCCGCGCGGUUGGGAUCCACUUCUUCCAAUGCCGUGCCAGAGAUCGUGUAAAUGCCGGCAUCAAUCUGGUGGCAGAACGGAAGUAAAAUCCAUCGAUGGCGGAUGCGGUAAAUUUAUCAACUUUAAAAAUAGGAUUCGAAUAAACCGGCUGCUGAUCGAGUUGCCGACGAUGGUCAUUAAUGCUGUGCUACUGUUUGUGAUGCACUACAUGGACCUACUGGCUCCCACCGGCUCUCCCACCUUCACGAGUACCUAUAUUUAUGAUGGGAAUUUCAAGUCAUCAAGGCCGUGUGGAUGCCUACAUCCGGAAUGCUCCAGGAAAAACUCCAGGAGAAUUACACAAGAAAAUUCUGGCGUAACUCCCAGAGGAACUCCAGGAGGAAUUUGCAGAGGAACUCCUGGAGGUAUUCCCAGAAGAACUUCUGGCGUUAUUCCUCGUAGAAAUCCUGGAGUAAUUUCCAGAGAAACUAGAGUUCUGGAGGAGUUUUCAGAGGAACGCUUGGAAGAAUUCUCAAAAGAACCCCUGGAAAUAUUCUCAGAAGAACUCCAGAGGAACUCUUGGAGGAAAUACCGGAAUUCGCAGAGAUACUACUAGAGGAUUUCGCAGAGCAACUCUUGGAGGAUCUUCUGACAGAAUUACAUUAGUUAGGAACUCCCAGAUGAACUCCCGAAGUAACUUCUGGAAUAAUUACAAAGAGAACUCCUGAAGGCAUUCCCAAAUAAACUAGAAUAUCUAUUGGAGGAAUUUCACAAAAAUAAACGAACUAUUCUUCAUUUAAUUCAGUUUGCUAGCUGUCAUUCGGUGCAAAAGUGUGCUUGUGUUGGUUAAUAAUAUAUUUCGCGCCAAUACAUGCACUUUUUGCUCGCAUGACAGCUGGAUGUAAAUAAACCAGCAUGAAAUCCCACCCGAAAAUACCCUAACCACUGCCUAACCGCCUAAAGUGAAACAUAGCUAACGUUCAUCUAAUGUGAGGGUAACGGGUUAGAUUAAAAUAUGCAUAAAUCAUAAACAUACCUAACAAAAGUGUUGCAGAUCUGUCUAAUUUUAGUCUCAUUUUACCCUAAAGUUAGUGAGAAUGUUAGUGUAACUUUCUAACAGGUUACACUCAUGUUAGGCUCAAGUUAGAGUCACCUUGUUUGCUGGGAUGAGUCUGCAGUUCAAGAGACAAGCCAAAAACGCAACAACAACAACAGUGGACCAAUCAAUAAGCAAAAACUGCCGCUAUGAAAUGAACAGAUUGCGCCACCGUAGACAUGUUCUGUCAAACACACAUGAAUAGAAAUAUGUGUAUACACUGCUGCCGUUGUUUUGAUGCGGUGAGUGCAAAA